CAUCCUUUACUGCGACGCCAUGACUUCUAAUGUAAUGUGAGUCCCGUAAAAUGAGAAUGAGGGUUUUUAGGGGAACAGUUCAAGAACAAGAUGGCUGUCCUGGAGCAAGAAAAGUAUCUGUCUUUUUCCACAUAAACACGGCAUUGUGAUGCGGGCAUCAGUUUCAUGUAAAUAGCUUAACAGGUAACAACUUGAAUUAGACUAGUAUUAGGUAACUUUAACAACUUUAAACGCUUUAAAGGCAUUGCUUUGUGACGGAAGACAUCGCUUUUUGAGACGCAAUUGAAGAUCGGAAAGUUUUCUUUGCGGUUUGUUGAGAGUGAAAACUAAUUUUCUGACGCUGGCUAUGCGUUUUUGCGAAACGGUGAACUUUUUUUUAGAUGCCCCGCACUAGAUAAAAAAAAAAAAUAGCUAGCUAACUGGACCAUGAGUUCAUCCCGAGUCAGACCGCAGCAGCUAAAGUUACCGCAGAGCCAGACUGGCAGGUUGCCGCACAGACUAGACUCAAGCGAAGGGAUAGAGAUGGAGAACAUCCAGCAUCAAGACCUCGGUCUCGGGGGAGUAAUAGGCACCCCGUCCCCGCCGUCAAGACAAGCGUGGAGUCGGGAUAACCCGGGUUUUGAGCCCGAGGACGAGAUUAUGCAAGCCGACUGGCCUCCGGCGAGUCCCGGGAGGAGGUCGGUGUCCACGGCCUCUAGCAGCAGCUGCAGCAGCGGCCUAGGCAGCUACGCCGGCGCGGGCAGCAGCACCCACAUCCCCCGCGGAGGACUCUACCCGACCCCGACAGUGGACGCCCGGCAGCAGGACAGGCAUGACCACCGCAGCUGUAUGAAGCAGAUACUCCAAAAAAUCAGAAUUCUGUGGGGCACAGAGCUGAUGGAGGACAGUGACAACAGUCGAGAGAGGUACCUCAGGAACGUCCUGAGGGAGAUGGUUACAUAUGUUGUAUUCCUCAUCACUAUUUGUAUCUUGACUUAUGGGAUGGUGAGUGCCAAUAUGUACUACUAUACCAAAGUCAUGUCUCAGCUUUUCCUGGACACACCGCUGUCUGCCGGGGAUCCUUCCUCUUUUAGAAGCCUCUCAACCAUGGAGGAUUUCUGGAAGUUCACAGAGGGACCUUUCCUCAAUGGCAUGUACUGGGAGGUGUGGUACAACAACAAGAGCCUGCCAGAGAAUCAGAGUCUUAUCUACUAUGAGAACCUCCUCCUCGGGGUGCCACGGCUCCGGCAGGUCAAAGUCCGCAACGAGUCCUGUUCCAUCCACGAAGAUCUGAGAGAUGAAGUUCACGACUGCUACAACAUGUACACCCCAACCAACGAAGACACAACCUCCUUUGGCCCCAAGAAAGGAACCGCGUGGGUGUAUACAGCAGAGAGUAACAUGAAUGGGAGCGGUUAUUGGGGCCAGAUAUCUAAAUAUGGAGGUGGAGGAUACUACCAAGACCUGUCUCGUACAAAAGAGGAGUCAGCAACCCAACUGCAGUUUCUGAAAGACCACCUGUGGCUGGACAGAGGCACCAGAGCGGUGUUUCUCGACUUCUCUGUCUACAAUGGGAACAUCAACCUUUUCUGCAUUGCCAGGUUGUUGGUGGAGUUCCCUGCUACUGGUGGGGUGGUGACGUCCUGGCAGUUCCAAACAGUGCGUCUGAUACGAUAUGUGUCCAGCUGGGACUACUUUGUGGGUCUGUGUGAGGUGGCAUUCUGUCUAUUCAUCCUCUACUACGUGGUGGAGGAAGUGCUGGAGAUCCGCAUCCACCGCUUGCAUUACUUCAAGAGCUUGUGGAACUGUCUGGAUGUUCUCAUUGUUGUGUUGAGUGUUGUUGCCAUCAUCAUGAACAUAACCCGAACAGCCAUGGUUGGCAACCAUCUGAAAGGCCUGUUGGAGAACCACACUGCUCACCCCAGCUUUGAGCAUUUGGCCAACCUGCAGGUCCAGUUCAACAACGUGGCCGCGGUCAUCGUCUUUUUUUCCUGGGUCAAGCUUUUUAAGUUCAUCAACUUCAAUAAGACCAUGAGUCAGCUGUCUGGCACCAUGUCUCGCUGUGCCAAAGACCUUGUUGGUUUUGCCAUCAUGUUCUUCAUCAUCUUCCUGGCGUAUGCUCAGCUAGCCUAUCUGGUGUUUGGAACCCAAGUCAACGAUUUCAGCACCUUCCAAGCCAGCAUAUUUACUCAGUUCCGUAUCAUUCUGGGAGACUUUGAGUUCUCAGAAAUAGAGGAGGCAAAUCCAGUUCUCGGACCUAUCUACUUUACAACCUUUGUAUUCUUCAUUUUCUUUAUUCUCAUGAACAUGUUCCUGGCCAUCAUCAAUGACACUUACUCUGAGGUGAAGGCCGACAUGUCCCAGCAGAGGACUGAGAUGGAAAUGUCUGAUCUCAUUAAAAAGGGUUGUAACAAAGCUUUGCUGAAGUUGAGACUGAAGAAGACGGCAGUAGACGACAUCUCGGACAGUUUGCGCCAGGCCGGGGGCAAACUAAACAUUGAUGAACUCCGCCAGGACCUUAAAGGAAAGGGCCACACAGACGCAGAGAUUCAGGCCAUCUUUGCCAAGUAUGAUCGCGACGGCGACCAGGAGCUGACGGAGCAUGAACACCAGCAGAUGAGAGACGACCUGGAGAAAGAGAGAGACUUGGAUCUGGAACGCAAUUCGCUGACUAGACCCAGCAGCGGGCGGAGCUUCCCUCGUACCCAGGACGACUCGGAGGAAGACGAUGACGAGGAUAGCGGCCACAGCUCUCGGCGCCGUGGCAGCAGCUCAGGGGGUGUCUCCUAUGAAGAGUUUCAAGUGCUGGUGAGACGUGUGGACAGGAUGGAGCACUCCAUCGGCAGCAUAGUGUCCAAGAUAGAUGCUGUGAUCGUGAAGCUGGAAACUAUGGAGAGAGCUAAACUCAAAAGGAGAGAUGUGCUCGGCAGAUUGCUGGAUGGAGUCAUAGAGGAUGAGCGUCUGGGACGGGACACAGACGUCCACAGGGAGCAGAUGGAGAGGCUGGUAAGGGAGGAACUGGAGCGAUGGGAGUCUGAUGAUGUGCGACCAUUUUUGCAAAAGAAAAUAAGAUACCAUUUCUUGACACAUUUUAAAGGAGGUGAUCAAAUCAAACUUCACCUCAAGUAUUUAAAUGCACUGAAAGUGAUGGAGGUUCUCCUCUGAGACAUAUAAAGUAUUCACUUAAGCUAUUAUCAAGUCUUACUUUAACAGCACAAUGAAAGGAAACAUGAAAAGGUGUAAAAGUGGUAGAAGAAUAAUGAAGAUUUACAGUACAAUGUUACAUCACAGUAUUAGAUGUAAUACACCAACCUACAAGAAUACUCAGUUGUAGUCAGCAAAUACAGUUUAUGAUUUUAGUAUUACCUGCUUUUGAUUACCCACACAUCGCAGCAUUUACACAAAUACCAAAAAGACAUUUCUAUGACUGUUAAUUAUGCUGAUUAUUUUUUUUCAUCAUUUUAAUACACAGUAGGUACAAGUGUGGCACAUUCUGUCAUAUUUACUCAUCCUCUGUACAUCAAUUAAGCUUCAAAUUAAAUAGCUUAUUACCAUUUUAUGAUACAUAUUGUAACUUAAAACAAACUUCGAUUUGGAGUGCAUCUAGUGUUCAUGGGAAACCCAUGCAUUUAUUAUGUUUUCUCUGUGCCUUACUUUUUUUAUUUUUUACAAUCUAUUUCUUUUUUAAAUCUGUUAUGCCAAAUAAAGUGUUAUUAAAAUAUAAGUUUGUU